AUGGCAAAUGCAGACAGUGAGGUCAAAACGUUGCUCAAUUUUGUAAAUCUGGCAUCCAGCGACAUCAAGGCGGCCCUGGAUAAGUCAGCUCCGUGCCGACGCUCCGUGGAUCACCGGAAAUAUCUGCAGAAACAACUCAAGCGCUUCUCUCAGAAGUACUCCAGGGUCCCAAGAUGCCACACGCACAGGUCUGCGGAAUACAGAUGCGCCAAACCGGCGGGGACUGUUAACCAGAGCGUGACGGUGUCAGAAAAGGCCAACUCUGAUGCGCAAGACGUGGAGAACGUGGGGAGCGCAGUGGAGCAGGUGCCUAUGAGGAAACGCCAAUUGCCAGCCUCAUUUUGGGAGGAACCCAAGCUGACCCAGACUAAGAGGGAGCACUCAUAUUUAGGACUGAAAAGGAGCCCCGCGGCCACGUCUGAGGGCGGUGAAAACGAAAAGAGGAAAAGGAGUUAUGACGAGGACGCGAAGGCCGCAAUGUCUGCGUCCAAUCGGCGCAGCUCUGCGGAUAAAGAGACGCUGAAACUGGACCUGACCUCUCACCACUGUGUGAGUGUUUGCGGCUGCUGCCCCUUCCAGUACCACGGACACCACCAGGUCCUCCACAGUCACAUUGUUGUCCCCCAUCCGCCCCUGGGACUGUGGAGCAAAGCAGCAGGGACUGAGACAGAGAGACCUGAGCAUCCUUAUGGACAGAAAAUUCACACCCACGUUGUGGUCAAACCCAUCCCCACCAAGCCCACCGCCCAGUCACCCAUCUUCAGCGUGUUUGGGUUCAUUUAA